AUGCGUAAGAACAGUAAGGUGACGCAGCGUGAGCAUACCAGUGAGCAUGUCACAGAGUCGGUGGCAGACCUGCUCGCUCACGAAGCGCCGCUUGACUACAAAAACAGUUCUCUGACUGUUGGAGGGGUACCCGGGAAGAAGAUUGUUCUCGAGCCCCCCGAGAACGAUGGCCGCCCGGCCUGGAACAGCAAACUUCAGUACAUUCUGGCCCAGGUGGGCUUCUCUGUGGGGCUAGGAAAUGUCUGGCGCUUCCCUUACCUGUGCCAAAAGAAUGGAGGAGGUGCCUAUCUGGUCCCGUAUUUCAUCCUCCUCAUCCUCAUCGGUGUCCCGCUCUUCUUCCUGGAGCUAGCGGUGGGCCAGAAGAUCCGACGUGGGAGCAUUGGGGUGUGGAACUACGUGUGCCCCCACCUGGGUGGGAUAGGGGUGUCCAGUCUAAUGGUGUGUGGCUUUGUGGGGCUCUACUACAACGUCAUCAUCGGCUGGAGCAUCUUCUACUUCUUCCAGUCCUUCCAGUACCCACUGCCAUGGGCCGAAUGCCCUAUCAGGAGGAAUGGAUCAUUAGCCAUCGUGGAGCCUGAGUGUGAGAAAAGCUCGGCCACCAUCUACUUCUGGUACCGCCAGACCCUGAACACCACCAGCACCAUCGCAGACAGCGGCGGCCUGAACGUCAAGAUGACCCUGUCUCUGCUGGUGGCCUGGAUCAUCGUCUGCCUGGCUGUCAUCAGAGGCAUCGCGUCCUCCGGGAAGGUGAUGUACUUCAGCUCGCUGUUCCCCUACGUGGUGCUCUUCUGUUUCCUGGUGAGAGGUUUGCUGUUGAAGGGUGCUGUUGAUGGCAUUGCACACAUGUUCACUCCCAAGCUGGAGAAGAUGCUGGAACCCCAGGUGUGGAGGGAGGCAGCCACCCAGGUGUUCUUUGCCCUGGGCCUGGGCUUCGGUGGAGUUAUUGCCUUCUCCAGCUACAACAAGAUAGACAACAACUGCCACUUUGACGCCGUGCUCGUCUCCUUCAUCAACUUUUUCACCUCCAUCCUGGCUACUCUGGUGGUGUUCGCCGUGCUGGGCUUCAAGGCAAACCUCAUGAACGAGAAGUGUGUCAUAGAGAACGGAGAGAAGAUCCUUGGCUACCUGAACUCUAACGUGCUGAGUCAUGACCUCAUUCCACCACACGUGAACUUCUCCCAGCUGUCCACCGUAGACUACGCUGAGAUAUACGCUGUCAUCAAGACGGUGAAGGAGGGCAGCUUCGCCGAGCUGAGCCUGGACCCCUGUGUCCUGGAGGAUGAGCUUAACAAGUCUGUGCAAGGUACAGGCUUGGCCUUUAUUGCCUUCACCGAGGCCAUGACUCAUUUCCCAGCCUCUCCCUUCUGGUCUGUCAUGUUCUUCUUCAUGCUCAUCAACCUGGGCCUGGGCAGUAUGAUCGGCACCAUGACAGGCAUCACCACGCCGGUCCUCGACACCUACAAGGUCCAGAAGGAGCUCUUCACAGUGUGCUGCUGCAUCAUAGCCUUUUUCUGUGGCCUCCUCUUCGUCCAGCGCUCUGGGAACUACUUUGUCACCAUGUUUGAUGACUACUCCGCUGGUCUGCCUCUCACUAUCGUGGUCAUCCUGGAGAAUGUGUCAGUGGCCUGGAUCUACGGCACCAAGAGGUUUAUGCAGGACCUGGAGGACAUGUUGGGUUUCCGGCCCCACGCCUUCUAUUUCUACAUGUGGAAGUACGUCUCCCCUUGUUGUCUCAUCGUUCUCAUCACAGCUACCGUUAUCGAGAUGGCCAUCAGCCCGCCAGGGUACAAUGCAUGGAUAGAAGAACUGGCUCAGGAGCGUUUCCAGAGCUACCCUCCCUGGGCAUUGGCCAUGUGCUUCUCCCUCAUUGUGGUGGCCAUGCUUCCUCUCCCCAUCGUCUUCAUCGCCCGCCAUUUCAACCUGAUGUCCGACGGCUCCAACAAGCUGUCUGUCUCCUAUCGCAAGAGCAUGAUGAAGGACAUCUCCAACCUGGAAGAGGUGGACGAGGCGCGCUUCAUCCUGGGCAAAAACCCAGGAGAGAUGCCCUCGCCUAAGCCCCCAUCCCGAGCCUACCUCGGCCCCCCGGGCACCAACCCACUGGAAAACCCUAACUCCCUGUCCCCCAACAGCUGCUACGGGACAAGCUACCAGAACACCAUCAGCCCACAACCCCCACCACCCCUAUCACCCCCACCACCACUGAGCCAUCUCACCCUCAACCCUACAGAGUCUCACCACCAGGGGGUGCUGCAGCGCUUCCCAAAACUCCACAACCACCACCCUCACCCACUGAGUCACCCUUAUCGCAGUACACCCCUCUCCCUUCCUCCCCAGCCCCAGAGGUUAGAGUUUACUGCAGCAGAGGUGGCUGCCACACAGGCCUCUGCUUUGACAAGGAACUACAUGUUCAGGUGUCUGAGCUGUUGCAGUGCUGCUUAUAAAGAGGCGUAG